ACAGCGACCCUCAGUACACGUUGAGACUCAGUAACAUUCAGUUAAACUGCUACAAUGACAAAAGCUUUCAUUAUUUUCAUAGUCAGCGCUUUGCUGCUGCUGCAGGUGCAAGCUGUUCCACGCAUGCGCCGCGAGGCCGGUGAAGUUGCAGUCGAGCAGAAGCCUGCGAGCACACAUACCGCCCGCACUAACGAGAAGUUGAAAUUUAGACCGCGUCAGGUGCUUAUGACCACAACCCUAGCCGAUUUAGUUGGUUUGGCGAAAUAUGUGACCGAACAUGGACGUCCGCUCUUUAACAAGACACUGGCGCAAUUGGAGGCUGUACCCGAUAAGUGCGCCGGUCUUAAAGCGAACAUUACACGUAUUUCGGAAUAUCUGAAAACUAACAAACCCAGUGGGCAAUCGGAUGCGGCCGAAGACAUGUUGGCGCUUUUCGAGUCGAUGAUCACGCUAACGAGCAUAUUGCAAGAUGCUAACGAAAUGCCCCCAGAAUUGGAGCAAACAAAGACGGUUCAACAAGCCUUUAUCGAUAAUGGUUCAGAUAAGUUCGAGGAUGAUUUGAUGGCCGAAUUGAAAGUGGUUUCGGGCAAAUUCGAAAAGGCAAUCGAACAUUACUUAUCCAUCUUGACGGAGGAGCAAAAGAAGGAUGAGACCAAACUAAUUGAUUGGUAUACUAGAUUUACAAAUGAGAAGGACGAUGAGAAGAAGGCAGAAUUUUACUCUAACUUCUUUGACACAUUCAAUCCAUAAAGCUGCUGAUUAUAAGUGCAUAUAUUUUUUUACAAUCAAGCAUAUAAUGUUUAACUUUUAAGUAAAUAAACA